AUGACAAAAGCAAGCUAUUCAUGUAUGGUAAAAUGUGUUUUUAUUUUUUUAUUUUUAUAUGUUAUACAAUGCAUAAAUAAUAAAAAAUCAUAUUUCAUAAAUAAUUUUAUGGCCUACAAAAGGUGUGGAACUAAUAAUAUAUCACAUAAAUAUAAUAAUUAUUAUUGUGAUAAAUUAAAAGAAGACCAAAAAAAUGAUGAAGAUAGUUGUUUAAAAUAUAAAGAUAAAAAUAUAAAUGGCUAUAAAAUAAAACAACCAAUAAAUAUACUAAAAGCACAUAAAAUAGAUCAAAAAGAAAUAAAAAGAAAAAAAAAUUAUCAGUACGCAAUGAAACAUAUGUAUGAUAAAAACGGAAGAAGAAUUAAAGAAAUAAAUAAAGAACGAAAAUCAUUAAAAAAAAAAAAUAUUUUUGAUUACGAGGGUUUUAAAGUUAAUAAAAUAUUCACAUGUUUAUCAGAUGAAGAUAUGGAAGAAUUGAGAGAUGAAGAAUUAAAAAGAAAAUCUGGAGAAAUUUUACACAAUAAUAAAUAUAUAGAUACAUAUGGGGUUGAAUCUGAUUCGAAUUUGGAUCAAAUUUAG